AUGCUUUGUUCGUCUAUGCUUAACAGAGGAGUUUGGUUUCUACCUAACCGAAACCUUUCUUAUAGAACUAUAAGCACAAUCGCCUCUGUUUUCAGUUUCAGAAGCCAUAAAUCUUUUAUUUUGGUUAAACCCGUGGAGUUUUGUACAUCAAUCCGCUUUGGUUUGGAAAAAAGAGAAAUCGCUCGUGUCCAACAGAACUCCAGCUUCUCGAGCUCUUCUUCCGACAGCAGAGGAGGAUCAAUCACUGCUAGGGUUUUGAUGGCAUCCAAUGGCGGUUUAGAUAAGCUUGGCGUAUCUCAUUUCGCUUUGUCUCCGACCUCUGUUCUCAAGAUACAGAAAGGAGAUAUCACUCAAUGGUCCAUUGAUACCUCUUCCGAUGCGAUCGUAAAUGCAGCUAACAAGCGAAUGCUUGGGGGUGGUGGUGUUGAUGGAGCUAUACAUAGAGCUGCUGGUCCAGAACUACGAGCAGCCUGCUAUGAAGUUCCUGAGGUCCGACCUGGAGUUCGGUGCCCUAUUGGAGAAGCAAGGAUUACCCCAGCUUUUAGGCUACCUGUAUCUCGUGUAAUUCACACUGUUGGACCAAUCUAUGAUGUUGAUGAUCACCCAGAGCUUUCUCUAAGAAAUGCAUACAGAAAUUCCUUAAGGCUUGCAAAAGAAAACAACAUCCAGUUUAUUGCUUUUCCUGCCAUAUCUUGUGGUGUUUACCGCUAUCCUUAUGAAGAGGCUGCUACAAUAGCUUUAUCUGUGGCAAAAGAGUUUGCAAAUGACUUCAAGGAGGUGCAUUUUGUUCUCUUCUCUGAUGAUGUUUACAAAGUCUGGUUGGACAAAGCAGCCGAGUUGCUUUAAGCUUGGUUUCUGAACUGCUGCAGUUCCUUGGGCUGAAAAAAAAUCUUCUUUAGUCUUAUAAAAUAAUCA